AUGGACUUGGACACGCGAGGGCUGCCUGCCCCGGGCUCCUGGGGCCGCAGGGCCCGGCUCGUGGCCGCCGCCUCCUGGUUGCCCAACGUGGCCCUGGCGCUGGCGCUCAGCUCCGAGGCGCUGCUGUUCCCGGCGCCGCCCGCUCACCACUGCCGGCCCGACCCGGCACUGCUGCCUCCGGAGCUACGCGCCCUGGCCGGCCCGGCGCUGCUCAACGCCAGCCUCCCGCGCCUGUCGCCGCCCUCCCAAGGCUGGAGCCCCUGCCAGCUGCUCCGCUAUCCCGGCCCGGGCCCUGAGCCCAAUGGCACCCGGCCCUGCACCCGCGGCUGGGACUUCGCGCGGCCCGUCGCUGGCCUGCUGAGCAGCCCAGUCACCCAGUGGAAUCUCGUGUGUGAGGACCAAUGGAAGGUGCCCCUGGAGCAAAUGAGCUACCUUCUGGGCUGGUUGCUGGGCUGUGUGACUCUAGGCUCAGCCUGUGACCGGUUUGGCCGCCGAGCCGUCUUUGUGACCUCCCUGCUUCUAGCCACGGUGCUGGGAACUGGCGUGGCCCUGGCUAUCAGCUACCCCAUGCUGCUGGCCCUGCGGCUGUUCUAUGGGGCCACCCUGGCUGGUGCCUUCCUCUCCCUCUAUGUGGCCCGGCUGGAGCUUUGCCACGCUGACCAUCGCCUCCCGUUCACCAUGGUGGCUGGCCUCUUCUUCGCGGCGGGGAUGAUGCUAUUGCCAGGGCUGGCGGCGAUAUGCAAAGACUGGAGGUUCCUCCAGGGGCUGGUGACCCUCCUCCUGGGCCUGUUACUGCUCUUCUGGGGAUUUCCUUCCAUGUUCCCAGAGUCCCCCCGAUGGCUGGUGGCCACUCGGCAGCCGGGCAGAGCCAAGGAGGUCCUGUGGCACUUGGCAGGGGCCUGCCAAAACCCUGGAGACGCUACCUCAGAGGAUGUCACUCUGGCUGCAGAGUUAGACAGGCUCUCUGAGGGGAAGUCCUUGAGCCGGUACCACUCCAUCUUCGAGGUCUUCAGCACGCAGCUCAUCUGGAAAAACACCCUCAUCCUGGCCUUCACCACACUGCUCGGGAACGGCAUCCAAUAUAACUUCACCCAGAACCUGGCCCCGUACCUGCCCCACUUCUACCUGCCCUGCUUCUUGCUGGCUGGGCUGGAGGCUGCCGCCAGCCUCUUGCUGGUCCUCCUGGCUGUGUUCUGUGGCCGCCGGGCCAAUCUGCUUCUCUGGACCGUCCUCACCAGCUUGGCCGCCCUGCUCCUCCUCGCCCUUGGCCAGUACCUGCCCAUCUGGACUGUGGUGGCUCUCUCUGGCCUGGGCCUCCUGGCCUCCCAGGCUAUGUCUGUGCUCAGCCUCCUCUUUGCCGGCGAGAUCCUCCCCACUGUGAUCAGAGGAGCCGGCCUGGGUCUCAUCACGGCGGCCGGUUUCCUGGGCCAGGUGGCCACUCCUGUCCUGAGCAUCUCCAACAGCCGCGGCUUUUUCCUCCACCAUGUGGUGCUCACCUCUUUCGCCGUCCUCUCCAUGCUCUGCAUUCUCCUACUUCCGGAGAGCCAGGGACGGAGCCUCCCCGAGUCCCUGGAGGAUGCCGAGGGCUGGCGGCACCCCCCGAUCUUCCUGCCCCGCUGGCGCCACCCCCAGGACCAUCGUGCCCCGCUGCUCCUGCCCUCCCAUCGGCAGACCCGCUACGUAUGUCAGCACAACUCCCGCAGCACGACUCUUGAGCAUCUACAGCCCAGGGACCCCCCGGCGCCAGAGUGCCGAGGCACGGCGGAACUGCAGGAGGAGGAGGAUGCCCACGUUUUCUGGAUGGGGAGGAAGAGAAUGAUUCUGAACCCCUCACCGAGCCCCCUGCGGUAGGGCAGAGAUUCCCAGCUUAUCUGGCCCUCAAAUUCUGCACCAACUAAGCUUUGUUUCCCUAAGAGGCAGACAAAUACUGCUGUGGCUGGCCACCCUCCUGGCACCCUGGGAUCGUCUCGAACCCUCGGCCUCCAGCAUGAAGUUUUCUUUCUGGGGCUGGUCUCUCCCCUCCUGCCUUAAAAGCAUCCUGAAAAUCA